GCGACCUAACUGCUUCCGGACUGUUGGGUGUCCUUGAGCACUCGAAAGCGACAUGGCGGUUCUCUUGAAGCUGGGUGCCCUCUGCAGCGGCCAAGGAGGUCGAGCUCUGUUACUCCGAAGCCGGGUGGUCAGACAUGCUUAUGUCUCUGCAUUUCUCCAGGACCAGCCUACCCCAGGAUGGUGUGGCACACAGCGCAUUCACCUAUCACCAAGCCACCACGCUGGUUCCAAAGCUGCAACUCUCCACUGGACCAGUGAGAGGGUUGUCAGUGUUUUGCUCUUGGGCCUGUUUCCAGCUGGGUACUUGAAUCCCUGCUCUGUGGUGGACUACUCGCUGGCCGCAACCCUCACCCUGCACAGUUACUGGGGCCUUGGACAAGUGAUCACUGACUACGUUCCUGGGAAUACACUGCAGAAGGCUGCCAAGGCAGGCCUCGUGGCAGUUGCAUCUUUGACCUUUGCUGGGCUUUGUUAUUUCAACUACCACGAUGUAGGCAUCUGCAGAGCAGUUGCCAUGCUGUGGAAGCUCUGAGCUCUUUGGUGCAGCCUUAGAUUGUAUGCCUCUUUGCCUCUUCUCUGUCGAUGCCAUUCAACUCAAUGAGGAGGGAAUGAAGGGUACAUUCAUUGGUGGGCAGAAUUUCUUCUAAUUACAUGCUUAUUUUCAGAAUUUAUUUGUUGAGGAAAAGGUUUGAGAAGAGUUAGGUUCAACUAGUCAUAAGUCUGAGUUCCAGCAUGGCUGCCAGCUCACAUGACUCUUGGUGACUGAACAGUCCAUGAGCUCACAUUUCUUGAGGGGAGUCAGCUUAUUCCUCUUAGGAUAAGAGUAGACUUCCCUGUUCAGACUGGGAGGGAGGACUGCCCAUUCACAAGUCAGACUUGGCAUGAAACCGGCAAGUGUUCUGUUUGGAACCUUCCACUGUUCAUCUGACACCAGCUGCUGAUGGCUCUUCAAAUCAGAAGAUGCCAUGUCUCAGAUUACUGAAUUGUUAAAUCUUAGGAGGGAAAGCUGGAUUUAGAGAAGUUCAAUUUAGGGAGUUCUCCUUUGUGGGUGGGUUAAAAUAUGAUAGAUUCCAAACAGAUUUACUCUUCAACUGCAUUUCACUUGUGCAGAAAUGAGUUGUCCAAAUAUAAGACUAAAGUUAUAAAGUGUUUUCCCACUGUGGGAAUUGUUAAUGAGAGAGUGUAUCCCAAAGAAACAAAAUUUUUAAAUAAAAUACUAUAUAAUGAAAAUACACUGUA